UCUUCAGAACAUCGUAGGACAGAUCUCUUCACACACCGUCUCCGAUAGCGCGGGAGUGAGUUAGGUCGCGCGAAGGAGCGCUAGUCUAUGCUCAGCACUGUCCGGAGAGGUCUGCCCUCCGCAUUUUUUUUCAAAAGUUUCUGGUUGUACAUAAACCCUUUUUUCCAAACAAAAAUUCUUAUAAUAUUUUCAGCCAAUCUCUCGGCGUUUUCCUGAGUUUCGUUGCUGAAGUGUUGUAAAAGCCGUCCCUAUGAACUUUAAUUUCAAAAUGGGUCUGGGACAUUUGACUCUGUUGCUAGUUCAGGUGUUUCUUUUUGGGGUUUUGUCAGUAACCCAGGACACGACUUCUUCUGAAAGUGCCAAAGAACAAAUCCCACAGGGAGCGUCCACCUUAGCAUUUGUCUUUGAUGUCACCGGCUCCAUGUAUGACGAUUUAGUCCAAGUUAUCGAAGGCGCAUCGAAGAUUUUGGAGACGUCCCUUAGUCGUCCGAAGAGACCAUUGUACAACUUCGCAUUGGUCCCCUUCCACGACCCAGAGAUUGGCCCUGUCACCAUCACAACAGAUCCCAAGAAGUUCCAGAAUGAGUUGAGGGAACUCUACGUGCAGGGUGGUGGUGACUGUCCAGAGAUGAGCAUUGGAGCCAUCAAGAUUGCCUUGGAGAUCUCUCUACCAGGGUCCUUCAUUUAUGUCUUCACCGAUGCCCGUUCAAAAGACUACAAACUGACUCACGAGGUCCUCCAGCUCAUUCAACAAAAGCAGUCUCAGGUGGUGUUUGUGUUGACUGGUGACUGUGAUGACAGAUCACAUAUUGGCUAUAAGGUAUAUGAGGAAAUAGCCUCCACCAGCUCAGGACAGGUCUUUCAUCUGGACAAGAAACAGGUCAAUGAGGUGCUGAAAUGGGUUGAGGAGGCAGUGCAGUCCUCCAAAGUUCAUCUGCUGUCCACAGACCACUACCAUCAAGUCAGCAACACCUGGCAGAUCCCCUUUGACCCCAGCCUGAAGGAGGUGACGGUCGCUCUGAGCGGACCUGACCCAGCCAUUGAGAUACGCAAUCCACAGGGGAAACUGAUUGGGAGCAAGGAUGGGCUGACAGAGCUUCUUCACAUCCCAAACUCUGCCAGAGUGCUCAACCUCAAAGAUCCAGAGCCAGGGAUGUGGACCAUAAAGACGAUCAGCGAGGGUCGACACUCAGUCCGGAUCACAGGGCUGAGCACCAUCGACUUUCGGGCUGGAUUCUCCCGGAAGCAUACGCUGUAUUUCAAAAUGACCUCUAGUAGACCUGUGCAAGGCAUCCCUACCUUCAUACUUCUGAACACCACGGGUCUGUCUCAUCCGGCACGGGCCGACCGCCUGGAGCUCCUCAGCAUCACAGGUGCAGUGAUGAAGACACUGCCCAUUCGCUACUACCCGGACCGCAAGCCCUACAGCAUCUGGAACGUCACAGAGUUUGUGCCGCCUGACGAGUCCUUCUUCCUGAGAGUGACGGGAUACGACAGCGAUGGCUUCCUGUUUCAGAGGGUCUCCAGCGUCUUGUUCUCCAGCAUAGUGCCUGAUGCUCCCAAAGUGAGUAUGCCCUCCCACACCCCGGGUUACUAUCUGCAGAAGUGCAGUAUUACCUGCUACGUGGACAGCCUUAUUCCUUACAUCCUGCGCUUCACCAGGGAGGGUGAUCGACUGGGCGUGGACCAGCUCUUCAGUGAGUCAUCGAAUGCGUCAUGGGACAUAGCUGAAGUGUCUCUGAAGGACGAGGGGUUCUAUGACUGCAUCGCCAUCAGCAGUGCUGGAACAGGACGAUCCCGCACCUUCCUUGAUGUCUCCGAGCCUCCUCCGGCCAUCGCAGUGCCUUCUAACGUGACAGCGUCGCCGGGCUCGGUGACGCUGCUGACCUGUGUGGUGGCCAGCACGGUGCACUUUAACCUGACGUGGCGACGUGGGGGCAUAGACUUGCGAGGGGACACUCGCAUACGCCUCACUGCCAACCUGUCCCUGGAGAUCCAGCGUGUCACCCCCGACGAUGCUGGCUGGUACAACUGUGUCGCUGCCAACGAAGGGGGGGUGUCCACCUCACGUGUCUACCUGAGUGUGCAAGCCACGCCGGCGGUGUAUGUGAGCCCGCAAAAUCAGACGUUCAGCACGGGGGACGAGGUGUGGAUCAGGUGCUCAGCUACAGGCUACCCCACCCCCACCCUGGUGUGGACCCACAAUGACAUGUUCAUCGUGAGCUCCAGCAGGCACAGGAUGACCCCGGACGGUGCUCUGGUCAUCAGGAAGACAGUAAGGAAGGACGCAGGCACGUAUGGCUGCUUGGCUAGCAACGUGGCCGGAACUGAUGCGCGGACAGUUCUGCUCAGCUACAUCGAGCCUCCCCAGGUGAUGGUCCCCCGGAGCAGACUGCUGAUUGGCUUAGGACAAAGAGUCGUCAUGGAGUGCACAAUCACAGGAAUCCCACAGCCAGAGGUUCUGUGGUACAAAGGUGACCAGAGGGUAAAGGAGUCAGUAUUUCUGAAUAUGGACCCAGAGCAGGGGGCACUAAGCAUCCAGCAGACCGAAGAUGCUGACGCCGGAGAUUACAUCUGUGUGGCGGUGAACAUGGCAGGCACUGCACAGGGGAAGAUCACGCUGGAAGUGGGCUCGGCUCCUGAGUUCACGAGGCAGCUGUCCGACGUGGCUGCAGACAUUGGCUCAAACAUCACACUGACUUGCCACGCCCAGGGCCACCCUGAACCACGCCUCACCUGGAGACGAGAGGACAACUCUCCCCUCUUCUCUCGUCGCCAAGGCCACAGCACUGUCACUCAAAAGAGGGGCGGAGACCUGCUUAUCACCAACCUCUCGGUAGAAGAUGACAGUACCUUCAUUUGUGAAGCUCAAAACCAAUUUGGCAAAAUUCAGGGCAAAGCCAGAGUGACUGUCACAGGCCUGGUCUCUCCCGUGAUAGCACUGAGCCCUGCAGAGGUCAGUGUGAUAGAAGAACAACAGGUCACUCUGCCCUGUGUGCUGAUGGCUGGAAACCCACUGCCUCAGAGACACUGGCUCCAUGAUAAAACUCUGGUGACGUCAGGGCCGUAUGUUAGUGUCCGUCGAGAUGGCAGCCUGCAUAUAGAGCGGGUGACUGUGCUGGAUGGGGGAGAGUACACCUGCACAGCAGAGAACGUGGCCGGAUCCAGCAAGCGUACCACUGUGGUGCACAUCUACGUGCUGCCCACUAUUCAGCACGGCCCGCAAGUGUUCAGCACCAUUGAGGGAACGCCCAUUUCUUUGCCAUGUCAUGCACAUGGGGUGCCCAAACCAGACAUCACCUGGUCUAAGCGUGGGGAGGUUCUAGACAUAAGCAGUGGCGUAUUUUCUCUGAACGAGGAUGGCAGUCUGCACAUCACAUCUCCAGGAGGGGAUGAGACUGGGGAGUUUGUGUGCACAGCUACCAGUGCAGCCGGGUACAGCUCCAGAAAAGUGCAGCUCACCGUCUAUGUGAGGCCUAGGCUGAGCGGUGGUGGAGCCAGUGGUGAGGCAGGAUCAGGAGAGCUCUUGCACAUGUCAGUGAGGGUGGGUGAUGACAUCACUCUGCCCUGUGAGGUACAGAGUGUCCCACCCCCCAUCAUCACUUGGGCUAAAGAUAAGCAGCUAAUAUCCCCUUAUUCUCCCAGACACACUCAGCUGCCCUCAGGCUCCAUGAAAAUCAUGGAGGCGCAGGUCACCGACAGCGGCAUGUACCUGUGCGUGGCCACCAACAUCGCCGGCAAUUUCAGCCAUACUGUCAGACUCCGCGUCCUUGUGCCUCCUAGUAUCCUGACUGGGCCACGCGUAAUUAAGGUCCAGGUGGAGCAUUCCAUAGACCUGCCCUGCGUGGUUCAAGGGGUCCCCCAGCCCUCGGUGAGCUGGCUCAAGGAUGGUGCCGCCCUGGUGGCAGAAGAGGCAAAUUAUACAUUGUCCCGCGACGGAACUCUGGCUAUCCGAAAGGUGGCACUCACCCACCAGGGAGUGUACACCUGCGUGGCCAGCAAUGUCGCCGGACAGGACGCGGCCAAAAUUCACCUGCAGGUUCAAGUUCCCCCUGUGGUGGAGGUGCCUGAACCCCCAUUCAACAGUCCCCUUCAGGAGAGAGUUGCCAACCAGCAAAUUGCCUUCCCCUGUCCUGCCAAAGGUUUGCCUCAGCCUGUGAUUAAGUGGUUUAGAAAUGGUCAGCAGUUGAUGGGGGGUGAGCCAGGUGUGUCCAUCCUGGAGGAUGGCACCUUGCUCAUCCUGGCUUCCCUCUCGCCACUGGACAACGGAGAAUACACCUGCAUGGCUACCAAUGACGCCGGCAGUACCCAGAAGAAAUACCAGCUCAGAGUCAAUGUGCCACCUGAAGUGAGAGAUGGUGGCCUACUUUCCAACGUCUCUGUGGUGAUGAACCAGCACACCAAUUUGGUGUGUGAUGUCACGGGCACACCUCCACCUGUCAUCGCCUGGUAUAAAGAUGGUGUGCUGGUGGUAGCCAGUAGUAACGUGCAGAUCCUGCAGAGAGGGAAGACACUGAGACUGCUUAAAGCUGCCACAACAGACUCGGGACACUACAGCUGCAAGGCCAUCAAUGUCGCAGGAGGCGCUGAGAAGCGUUUCCAUCUGGAUGUCCUGGUUCCUCCAACCGUCAUUGGUAGUGGCGGUUCACGUGACAUCUCCGUUAACCUCAGUCAUGAGAUCAUCUUGGAGUGCAAGGUCAAAGGCACGCCCUUUCCCGCAAUUCAGUGGUACAAAGACAGAAAGCUGGUGUUCUUAGGAGACCCCAACAUUGAGGUGUCUGACCAAGGCCAGGUGUUAAAAAUAAAGAGCGCUCGACUGGGGGACCAGGCCCGUUACCAGUGCAGUGUCACCAACUCCGCUGGAAAGCAGUCCAGGGACUUCAACCUCAGUGUCUACGUUCCGCCCAGCAUAAAGGGGGGGAACCUGACAUCAGAGGUGACAGCUCUUCUGAGUAAUGCCAUCACUCUGAAGUGUGAGGCGCGUGGUGUCCCCCUCCCUACCAUCACCUGGCACAAGGACGGCGAGGUCAUUUUGUCCAGCAGGCAUACACAGUACGUGGAGCGUGGCCAGCUCCUGAGGAUCCCCCGGGUGCAAGCAUCUGAUGCUGGCCGCUACACCUGCAAAGUGACCAGCCUGGCGGGCGCAGCGGAGAAGGCUUAUGAACUGGACGUCUAUGUUCCCCCGUCCAUAGCUGGAGGUUCAGACGUCUCUGUGGAGAAGAAAGUGGUUGCAGGUAAAGCCCUGACUCUGGCGUGCGAUGCGAACGGCCACCCCAUCCCCUCCCUCACCUGGCUGAAGGAUGGAUCUCCUGUGAAGGCUGGCGAGAGCCUGCAAGUCCUCGAGCAGGGCCGCAAGAUUGAGAUCCUCGACACCGGGCCCUCAGACACUGGUCGGUAUGUCUGUGUUGCGACCAGUGACGCUGGAGAGGCGGCGAUCAAGUAUGACGUCAGCGUCUUGGUGCCACCCUCUGUAUAUGGGGCGGAUGAGAGCACAGAUGCUGCUGUGAUCAUCAACAACCUUCUAGAACUGGAGUGCCAUGCUACAGGCACACCUACGCCAACCAUCACAUGGCGUAAGGACAGUGAGCCACUGAGGCAUGGUGAGGGUGUGAAGGUCACAUCUAAGGGUCACCGGCUGGUCAUCCCGCGCGCUCAGCUCUCUGACACGGCACUCUUCCAGUGCGUGGCCAUGAACGAAGCCGGAGAACAGGAGAGGGAUUUUAAAGUGGUUGUUCAUGUCCCUCCCUCAAUCCGUUCAACUGGUCCUGCUGAACGUUCGGUAAUACUCCACAAUCCCACUAGUCUUCAGUGUGUGGCCAGCGGCGUUCCAGCACCCAGCAUCACAUGGCUGAAAGAUGGACGCCCUAUCGAUAGCACGCAGGGCUUGCUAAAGCUGGAGUCUGCAGGCAGAGUCCUACAAAUUAAGGAUGCCAGGUUAGAAGAUGCUGGGAAAUAUACAUGUGUGGCCACCAACGCUGCCGGCGAGACUCAGCAGCACAUUCGCCUCAGUGUGCAUGAGCCUCCCAGCAUUCAAUUUGCUGGAGAGACUGUCAAUCAAACCAUCCUGGUGGGAUAUCAAAUCCAGUUGGAGUGUAAAGCGACAGGAAGUCCCAUACCCGCUCUAACCUGGUAUAAAGAUGGUCGACCCCUGACCAGCGCGGCAGGGGUUAGGAUCCUGAACCGGGGGCAGGUGCUUGAGAUUGACCGUGCACAGGUGUCUGACGCCGGCACCUACAAGUGUGUGGCAGUCAGCAUCGCCGGCAAAGCGGAACUUACACACGGCCUGCAGGUGUAUGUUCCUCCCUCCAUCUCCAGUAAAGGUGGUGUGGUGACGGUGGUGGUAAAUGACCCAUUGCGUCUGGAUUGCGAGGCCUCAGGUCUGCCUGUCCCCAGCCUCACCUGGCUGAAAGAGGGAAGCCCUGUGUCCAGCUCCUCCAACGGCGUCAAGGUGACUGUGGGUGGCAGGGUUCUGUCAUUCGACAGCGCCCAGGUGAGCGACACAGGCCGCUACACCUGCGUCGCAGUCAACGCGGGUGGAGAGCAGCAGAGAGAAUAUGACCUGCGCGUCUACGUGCCUCCCAACAUCAUGGGCGAGGAGGUGAACAUGACUGUCCUGAUUGGUCGCUCUGUGGUGCUGCGCUGCCAGAGCGACGCCAUCCCCCCGCCCACUCUUAGCUGGCACAAAGACGGACGACUGCUGUACAGGAGGCCGGGCCUGAUCGUGUCGGCAGACAGCAGCGUCCUGCAGAUUACAAAUGCCCAGCUACAGGACACAGGCAGGUAUACGUGUGAAGCGACCAAUGUUGCAGGCAAGACCGAGAAGAGCUACAAUCUGAACGUGUGGGUGUCCCCAAGCAUCCGUGCCUCUGAGGAGGUGUCCAUUCUUACAGUGACUGAAGGUGGUCUCAUCACUCUGGUCUGUGAAUCCAGUGGCAUACCACCCCCCAGCCUCACCUGGAGGAAAAAUGGCUCAGAGCUGAAGGCCGACUCUCGUGUGCGUGUGCUGUCUGGUGGUCGUCAGAUGCAGAUCUCCAGUGCACAGCGUGCCGAUACAGCCUCCUAUACCUGCAAGGCAACCAGCGCCACUGGCAGCGCUGUCAAGGAGUACAGCCUGCAAGUAUACGUACGUCCCACCAUCAGCUCGACGGGGAUCCUGAGAGAAGACGUGACAGUGGUGUGGGGAGGAGACGUCAGCCUGCAGUGCGAGGCAGAUGGCGUGCCCAGGCCUGCCAUUACCUGGCUGAAGGACGGCAGGCCACUGGGUACCGGCGUCGGUGCUCAGGUCCUUGAUGAGGGCAGGCUUCUACACAUCCGGGAUGCCCAGGUGGCCGACACUGGCCGAUACACCUGCAUUGCUGUCAAUGUGGCUGGCCAGGCCGACAUCAGGCACGAUGUGACCGUGCACGUUCCGGCGAGCAUCAACAUGCAGGUCCAGGGGUCUCAGAACGUGAGCGUAGUGGUGAGGAACCCAGUGGCCCUCACCUGCGAGGCCUCCGGCAUCCCCCUGCCUGUCAUCACCUGGCUCAAAGACGGACAGCCAAUCAGCGCAUCCAGCUCUGUCCGGGUCAUCUCAGGUGGGCGGAGCCUGCGUUUGAUGCAUGCUGCAGUGGAGGACGCUGGGAGGUACACCUGUAUAGUGUCUAAUUCUGCCGGAGAAGACAGGAAGAACUUUGACUUGGAUGUACUGGUUCCCCCCAGCAUUGUGAAUGGAGGUGGGGUUCAGGAUAUAAGAGUGAAGGAGGGACAGAAUAUCACACUGACCUGUGAGGUCACUGGCAACCCAGUGCCAGAGAUCACGUGGCUGAAGGAUGGUCAGCCAGUGGCAGAUGAGGCACAGCUGCAGGUGAUGUCCCACGGGCGCUUCCUGCACGUCAGCUCUGCUCAGGUGGCUGACAUGGGCAGGUACAGCUGCCUGGCAUCCAGCGGUGCUGGAGACGGGAGUGCACACUUCAACCUCAUCGUCCUCAUUUCCCCCAGCAUUGCGGGCACGGGGCCCGAUGGCUCCUCGUCCGAGGAGGUUACAGUAACCCUGAACAGUCCCACGUCUCUGGUCUGCGAGGCACAGUCUUAUCCCCCUGCUAUCAUCACCUGGCUCAAAGACGGCACGCCUUUCCUGUCUAGCCGCAACGUCCGAGUGCUGCCAGGAGGUCGAACACUCCAGAUUCUGAACGCACAGGAGGAGGAUGCUGGGAGAUACACGUGUGUGGCCACAAACGAGGCUGGAGAGACCCUGAAGAACUACGAGGUCAAAGUUUAUAUUCCUCCUAUUAUCAGUAAGGAUAGUUUUCCUGGAGAAGGAUUUACCCCGAGGGAGAUCAAAAUCAAAGUCAACAACACCCUGACGCUGGAGUGUGAGGCACAGGCCAUCCCAACCCCCACGCUACACUGGUACAAAGAUGGCCAGCUCCUGAAGGCAGAUGGCCGUGUUACAGUAACAGCCAACGGCCGCAUAGUUCAGAUAAAGCAGGCUCAGGUGUCAGACACGGGCCGUUACACCUGCAUCGCCACCAAUAUAGCUGGGGAGGAUGAGAAAGACUUUGAUGUAAAUAUACAAGUUCCUCCUAGUUUCCGGGGAAAUGGGGACUCCAGUGCAGGCCCCGGCUCCACAGGGGAAGUGAAGCAAGUGGUUCUGAAUAACCCGAUCUCCCUGUACUGUGAGACCAAUGCCAUGCCCCCACCCACUCUCACUUGGUACAAAGACAGGCAGCCGAUCAUUUCUACCGACAGAGUGCUCAUCUUACCUGGUGGUAGAGUACUUCAGAUCCCCCGAGCCCAGGCAGAGGAUUCUGGGAGGUACACUUGCAUGGCCAUCAAUGAGGCUGGAGAAGACUCAAUCCAGUAUGAUGUUAAAGUAUUGUUGCCCCCAACUAUCCGUGGAGCUGACAGAGACACCCCCGACGAAGUGACAGUGCUGGUGAAUAACAACGCCCUGCUAGAGUGCCAUGCGGAUGGAAGCCCUGCUCCGAAUAUCAGCUGGCUCAAAGACAGCCAGCCUCUGCACCCAAACGGGACGCACACUCUUCUCUCCAGUGGCAGGACACUGCAGAUUUUGAAUGCUCAGGUGACCGAUACAGGCCGUUAUGCGUGUGUGGCUGACAAUGUGGCUGGAAGUGCAGAGAAGUAUUUCAAUCUGAAUGUGCACGUCCCUCCCUCCAUAGCGGGCAUGAGUAGGGAGAAUGCCACAGUGGUGGUGAAUAACUACAUCUCUCUAAGCUGCGAGACCACCGGCAUCCCUCCGCCGACUCUGGGCUGGCUCAAAGCUAGGAGACCCGUGCAGGAAACGACCAGCGCACUUAUCAUGCCCGGUGGGCGUACGCUGCAGAUUCUGAAGGCUAAGAUGUCUGAUGGAGGGACGUACAGCUGUGUGGCCAUCAACCCGGCAGGACAGGCCCAGAAGCUCAUCUACCUCACAGUGAUGGUGCCCCCGAGCUUCAGGGACAGCAGUGAUGCGCUGGUGAUGGUGAGUGUGCGUGUGGGGAACUCUGCUGUGCUGGAGUGCCAGCCCCACGCCGUGCCCUCUGCCGCCAUCGCCUGGUACAAGAACGGACGACUCGUCACCGAGACGACCAACCUUCGCAUCCUUGCAGAUGGACACAUGUUGGAAAUCAGACAAACUGAGUUGUCUGAUACUGGCCAGUACGUCUGCACAGCCACCAACAUCGCUGGCCGAGUGGAGAAGAACUUCCAUCUUAACAUCCAUGUGCCUCCAAGUAUUGAUGGCCCAGCAGAGGAGCAGGUGAUGGAGACCAUCAGUAACCCAGUGACCUUGUCCUGUGAUGCAGCGGGUAUCCCUCCACCUAGCCUCACCUGGAUAAAGAAGGGCAGAGUAAUUGAGAAUUCUGAGUCUCUGGAGAUGCACAUCCUGUCAGGUGGCGGGAAGCUGCAGAUUGCCCACUCACAACUGUCUGACAGUGGCACCUACACCUGCCUGGCAUCCAAUGUGGAGGGCAAAGCCCACAAGAGCUAUCACCUCACCAUACAUGUUCCCCCCAGCAUUAUAGGAUCAGAGCUGCCUGGUGAGGUGAGCGUUAUGCUCAAUGCCAGCGUCCAGCUGCUGUGUAGAGUCGAAGGCUUUCCAACCCCCACAAUUCAGUGGUUGAAGGAUGGCAAAGCUCUCAGCCAAACUGAUCUACAGAGUAUCAGGAUCAGUCCCGACGGCAGUACACUCACAGUAACCGCCACUCACACCUCAAACGGUGGCAAAUACACGUGUGUGGCCACCAACAGCGCUGGAGAGGAGGACAGGAUCUUCAACCUGAACGUGUACGUGCCUCCAGCGAUCCAGGGUAACGGUCGCGCGGCCGAAGAGCUGAGCGCCGUGCUGGACAGCUCAGUGAGCGUCGAGUGCGUGGCCAGUGGGUCUCCACCACCCCAGCUCAGCUGGCUGAAGAACAGCCUACCACUGACCGUGUCUGCCCACAUACGCCUGCUCUCUGCCGCGCAGGUCCUCCGCAUUGGCCGCGUUCAGGUUUCAGAUGGAGGUACCUACACCUGUGUGGCCUCCAACCGAGCCGGAGUGGACAUCAGGCACUACAACCUGCAGGUGUAUGUCCCACCCAGUCUAGAUGGGGCGGGCAGCACAGACAAUGUGACAGUGGUGAAGGGGACCGUGGUGGCUCUGGUGUGCGUGUCGGACGGUAACCCCUCCCCAUCCCUUGCCUGGCUGAAGGAGGGUGAUGUCGUGCCCCUAGACGCCCACAUCGCCCUGCUGAACCACAACAGCACCCUGCAGAUUGCUCACACGCACGUCAACCACACGGGACGGUACACGUGCAUCGCACGCAACCUCGCGGGUGAAGCCCGCCGACACUUCAGCCUCAAAGUGUUGGAACCCCCACGGAUUAAAGGCUCGGGGGCCCCCACUGAGGUCCCAGUGGUGGUGCACCACGCCCUGGAGCUGGAGUGCCAGGCGGAGGGCAUACCCACUCCAACACUCACCUGGCUGAAGGAUGGCAGGCCGCUGCCCCAGACGGAUGGUGUGCUCCUCCUCCGCGGGGGAGAGGGGCUCCGCAUCACCUCCGUUCAGGUGGAGGACAUUGGGAGAUACAGCUGUUUGGCCAGCAGCCCUGCCGGAGAUGAUGACAAAGAGUUCUUGGUCAGAGUGCACGUACCCCCCAACAUUGCUGGGGAGAGCAGCAUGCAGGACUUGUCUGUGCUGCAGAACAGGCAAGUGACCCUGGAGUGCAAGUCAGACGCUGUGCCGCCCCCCACCCUCUCAUGGCUCAAAGACGGUGCUCCCUUGAAGACAUCUCCACGGGUGCGUGUGCUGUCCGGUGGCCGAUACCUGCAGAUCAACAACGCCGAUCUGGGAGACACAGCGCGCUAUACUUGCCUGGCCAGCAAUGUUGCCGGGGAGACAACGCGUCAUUUCAACCUCAGCGUGAAUGUCGCUCCUACUAUAAAGGAUGGUCCUCAGGACAUGUCUGUGAACAUGAACCAGCCGGUGGUCCUCGAAUGUGUCGUCAGUGGAGUGCCUGCCCCUCACGUCACUUGGAGGAAACACGGAGCCAUUCUGUCUGGAAAUAGCCACAGGUACAGGUUUUCUGAGGACGGCUCCCUUCACAUCCACUCAGCCCAGGUGACUGAUACGGGCCGCUACCUGUGCAUGGCCACUAACCCAGCAGGCACACAACGCAAGAGAGUGGACCUUCAGGUGUAUGUGCCUCCCUCCAUUGCUGAGGGCCCUACUAAUGUCACGGUGAUGGUGAAUGUCCAGACCACUUUGUCUUGUGAGGCCACAGGUAUUCCCAAACCCUCUGUCAUAUGGACCAAGGACACCCACCCUCUCCACACUGAUCAGAACCAGAAUAUGUACAGGCUGCUGUCGUCAGGCUCGCUGAUUGUUAUAGCACCCACAGUAGAGGACACAGCUUUGUAUGAGUGUGUGGUGUCUAAUGAGGCCGGCCAGGAGAGCAGAGCCAUCAGGCUUACCAUACAUGUGCCACCAUCCAUCGCCGAUGAGGCAACAGAGCUGGUCGUGGACAGACUGACCCCUGUGGUCCUCGGCUGUUCUGCGUCUGGAGUGCCCAACCCUGUCCUGCACUGGACCAAAGAUGGAAUGCGACUGGCCACAGAGGGAGAGGGGUACAAGAUACUCCCCUCUGGUCCUCUGGAGAUCACUGCUACACAGUUGAGUCACUCUGGCCAUUACACAUGUGUAGCUAUGAAUGCUGCUGGAUCCGCCUACCGACACAUCCAGCUUGUUGUGCAGGAGUCACCAGUGAUCCAUGCUCACCCCUCAACACUAGACGUGAUUCUGAACAACCAUGUGACCUUGCCAUGCCAUGCCACGGGUACCCCGAGCCCCACCAUGACAUGGCAAAAAGAGGGCAUCAACAUUGAUACCUCUGGAGGUGAUUUCACAGUACUGCCCAAUGGUGGCCUGCAGAUCUCCUGGGCCAGAGUAGAAGAUUCCGGAACCUACAUGUGUGUGGCUCAGAAUCCAGCAGGCACAGCACUGGGCAAGACCAAACUCAGGGUGCAAGUGCCUCCAGUAAUAAGUUCAAACGUCAAGUCCUACACCGUGGCUGUGGAUGGCGCAGUGACCCUGCAGUGCCAGACAGAGGGCUACCCGUCACCCUCAGUCAGUUGGCACCGGAACGGGCAGCUGCUGGAUGAGUCCAUGCAGCGGCGCAUCCUGAGCACUGGCUCCCUGCAGCUGGCCUUCGCCCAGGCCAAUGACGCAGGCCGCUAUGUUUGCACUGCGACCAACCUGGCUGGCAGCAAUAGCUUGGAGAUGAGUCUCACUGUGCUGGAGCCUCCUAUAAUAGAUGGAGACGCCCAUUUGAACCACACUGAGCCUCUGGGUGGGAACGUCAUUCUGAACUGCGAGGUGCGGGGGGACCCUCCACCCACCAUCCAGUGGAGCAAGAAUGGCAUCAGCAUCCAGAUUAGUGACCGCAUCCGCCAGCUGGCCAAUGGCUCCCUGGCCUUCUACAGCACUGUGAGUGAGGAUGCAGGUAGCUAUGUGUGCAUAGCUACGAAUGAUGCUGGGGUAGUGGAGAGGACAGUCACACUCACCUUACAGAGCUCUCCAAUCUUCACCCUGGAGCCGCUGGACACUGCUGUGGACUCGGGCUCCACUGCCCUCCUUAGCUGCCAGGCCCAGGGCGAGCCCGAGCCCAUCAUCGAGUGGACCCGCCAGGGGCGCCUUCUGCUGGCUGACGAGCGCAUCACCACGCUGCCCGAUGGCUCCCUGCAGCUGAGUGGGGCCCAGAAGGAGGACACGUCUGAAUACGAGUGUGUGGCCCGCAACCUGAUGGGCUCGGCGCUGGUGCGCACGACCCUGACAGUGCGCGUUCAUGGAGGCUUCUCUGAGUGGACAGAGUGGGGGGCCUGCAGCGUGUCUUGUGGGACAGGGGUUCAGAAGAGGCUGAGGCAGUGCAACAACCCCCUACCUGCCAACGGAGGGCGCCACUGCGUGGGCUCGUCCUCAGAGACACGCAGCUGCCAAGGCAAACCCUGUCCAGUGGACGGUCAGUGGACGGAGUGGUCGGCCUGGGACGAGUGCUCCCACACCUGUGGCCAUGGCAACAGGACAAGAGUGCGCAUGUGCAGUAGGCCUUCAGCUCAGCAUGGGGGCAGAGCAUGUGUAGGAAGAGCCGUGGAGGUUAUGUUAUGCAGCAUCCGUCCCUGCCCAGUGGCUGGGAACUGGGGUGCCUGGUUGCCAUGGAGCCCGUGCAGCGAGACGUGUGGCACAGGCAUGCAGACAAGGGUCCGGCUGUGCAACAACCCUCCACCCUCCUUCGAUGGGCUGCCGUGCAAGGGAGCGGACAUGCAGACGCAAGUGUGCAUAGAAAAGACCUGUCCUGUGGAUGGCAAGUGGUCAUCGUGGGUAAGCUGGGGAGCCUGUAGUGUUUCAUGUGGAGGCGGAACCAGACAGAGGACACGCAUAUGUGCAAGCCCCUCCCCCCAGCAUGGAGGAAGGCAAUGUGAAGGAAACAACAUCCACAUUGACUUCUGCAACAAUGAACCAUGCCCUAUCCAUGGGAACUGGGGUCCAUGGAGCAGCUGGGGCAGCUGCAGCAGGACUUGCAAUGGAGGUCAAGCACGUCGCUACAGAACAUGUGACAACCCACGACCAGCCAGUGGGGGAAGAGCAUGCGCUGGAACAGACACGGAGAUCCAGAGAUGUAGCACAGCAAGUUGCCCGUUGGAUGGAAACUGGGGUCCAUGGCAGCCAUGGGGUGAGUGUUCGGCCUCCUGUGGAAUAGGGGAGCGGACCAGGGUCCGCCUAUGUAACAGUCCAUCUCCUAGCAACAAAGGCCGACCUUGUCCAGGAGAUUCCACCCAGCUAUCCAGGUGUAACAUCCAGUCAUGCCCAGGUGGUGCUCAGAAGGCCAGAGGAAGCAUCAUUGGCAACAUUAACAAUGUGGAGUUUGGUAUAGCCAUCCUCAAUGCCACCAUCUCUAAUAGUCCAUCAGGGGAGAAAGUGGUACAGGCUGCCAUCACUAACAUACCCAGGAGCCUUGGCCCUGCUAUGAGGAAACUGGUCUCCCUGCUAAACCCCAUCUACUGGACCACUGCACAGGAGCUGGGUGAGGCCAUCAAUGGCUACACCCUCACCAACGGCUUUUUCAGACGAGAGACGCAGGUGGAGUUCGCCACUGGGGAGAUCCUGAGAAUGACCCAUGUAGUAAGAGGGCUCGAUGCCGACGGUGCUCUGCUGCUGGACAUUGUGGUGAAUGGGCACGUCCUCCAACUGCCCUCCAAUGCAGACAUCAGCAUCAAGGACUAUGCCGAGGACUACAUCCAGACAGGCCCUGGGCAGCUGUAUGCUCUCUCCACACGCAUGUUCAGCGUGGACAGCGUGAGCGUGCCCUAUUCUUGGAACCACACUAUCUUGUAUGAUCCCUCCAGAGGCAAAAUGCCCUACCUGGUGCAGACGCUCCAUGCAUCAGCCAUUAGUGCUCAAUACCGCCCUCUACAGGAGAUGCUGGAGUUCACCAUCCAUGCCACAAUCGCUAAGGGUGAGCGUAGUAACCAGUGUCCCAGUGGCUUCUUACUGGACCCAGCUGGACCUUAUUGUGCAGAUGAAAAUGAGUGUGAGGAAGGCAACCCCUGCUCCCACACCUGUCACAACUCUGUAGGCACGUACUACUGCUCCUGCCCAAGGGGACUCACCAUCUCUGCAGAUGGCAGGACAUGCCAAGAUAUUGAUGAAUGCUCGCUGGAUGGGCACUUGUGCCAUGAUGGACAGGACUGCGAGAACACCAUUGGCUCCUAUCGUUGUGUCAUGCGUUGUGGGCGGGGUUUCCGGAGAACUGCAGAUGGCUUGAGCUGUUCAGAUAUAAAUGAGUGCCAGGAUUCUAACCCAUGCCACCAGCACUGCCUCAACACCAUCGGCAGUUUUCGCUGUGCCUGUGAACUGGGCUAUCAGCUCAGGAACCGCCGCUGCAUUGACAUUAACGAGUGCCGGCAGAGAGUGUGCCGCUCAGACCAGCAGUGUAAGAACACUCGCGGUGGCUACACCUGCAUUGACCUCUGUCCCACUGGCAUGACCAAAGGAGCCAACGGCACCUGCGUCGAUAUUAAUGAGUGUCGAGAUGGCAUGCACCAGUGCAGGUACAAUCAGAUCUGCGAGAACACCAGGGGGAGCUACCACUGCACAUGCCCCCGGGGUUACCGCUCACAGGGCGUGGGCCGGCCCUGUCUCGACAUUAAUGAGUGCAAGCGGGUGCCCAUGCCCUGUGCCUUCCAGUGUGUGAACAGCCCGGGCAGCUACAAGUGCAUCUGCCCUCCAGGGCGCCACCUGCUGGGCGAUGGCAAGUCCUGCGCUGGGCUGGAACGCCUGCCCAGCUACGAGAGUCUCUUGUACGGCUUCCGCACCUCACAGACCUCCCCCGAGCAGGGUUCCUAUGAGCAUCGCUACCACAGCUUGGCCUCUCAGAGCUUCCAUUCCUACGCUGCCACCAGGGGGCGCAACCGGGCUGGUACUACCCCUUCGCGCUCUCAGAGGGUGGCUAAAAUUUGCCCUCUUGGCUUUAGAGAACAAGGGGACCAGUGCAUAGAUAUCAAUGAGUGUGAGCAGAGGGACACGUGCCAGCAUGAGUGUAUGAACACACCAGGCAGUCACAAAUGCUUAUGUCCUAAUGGCUAUCGCCUCAUGACCAACGGCAAAACCUGCCAAGACAUUGACGAGUGCUUGGAGCAGAGUAUUCAGUGUGGCAUGAACAGAAUGUGCUUCAACAUGAGAGGCAGCUUCCAGUGCAUCGACACACCGUGCCCACCGAAUUACCAACGAGAUCCAGCCACAGGAUUCUGCUUAAAGAACUGUCCUCCCAAUGACCUGGAGUGCGCCCUGAGCCCCUAUGCCCUGGAGUACAAGCUUCUGUCUCUGCCCUUCGGCAUCGCUGCCAAUCAGGACCUCAUCCGCCUGGUGGCCUACACCCAGGAUGGGGUGGUGCACCCACGCACCAGCUUCCUGGCGGCAGACGAGGACGCCACGCUGCCCUUUGCCCUACGUGACGAGAACCUGAAGGGCGUGCUGUUUACCACGCGGCCGCUCCGUGAACCCCGCGCCUAUCGCAUGAAAGUGCGCGCCCUGUCCUACGGCUUGGAUGGCAGCAUUGAGUACCAGACCACCUUCAUUGUCUACAUCGCUGUAUCAGCUUAUCCCUACUGAGAGCACUUUACCACAACCAAGAAGGAGAAAGGGGGAAUUUGCUUUAUUUCGCAAGACAGUUGUGUGGAUGUGUGUGCGCAUGUGUGGAUGUGUGUGUAAAGCAAUUGUGUUUAGUGCCACUUGAAAAAAACGCAACAUAUUUUCUGAGAUUUCUGUCAUUUCAAGUCUCGUAAGUGAGGAGCUGAGCUACAUUGCCAAGUGGGCAGAUAAUUGUUAAUAAAGAGAACUUAACCUUAACUCUGGGGGGCACUCAAAGAGAGACUACUUUACUUGUGGCUGGACACCAUGGUGGCUCCUGAAGUGUGUACGUUGGACAAAGCAGCUAAGCCAGUCCUGUGUGAUCCGGAAAAGCCUCUACAGGAUAACAAGCUGGUGGACAGAGAAAACUGUACAUGUAUGUCUACCUAUUAACUUAUUGGGAAGUGCUUGAAAACAAGACUGUGAGGCAGUAUUUUUUUUGCAUGUGCAUGACUGGUUUUUGGAGCUGUUCUGUGAAGGCUGACCAGAACUCCAAUUCUGAGACGGACCCAGAAAGCAGCUUGCGUUUGUAGUAGUCGUCUAGGAAAGGUCAGGAGGGAGAAACAUAAUCAAAAUUAACCAAAAGAUAGAAUAUCCAUCUCAGGUAAGCACUGCCUUCCCUUUUUUUUUCUUUGACAUGGCUUCCAUUCUUAUGUACAGGAAUUAAUAGUUUUUGCAAUAGAAGCACAUCAUUACAGCUUAAUGUACGUUUGAUCUUUACAAGUACAUUAAUAAGUCUAUUAACAAAGAUGUAUUCUAUUUUUAUUAUAUGUAUAUAAGUAUUUGCUUGUAAUUGUUUUUCUAUAAUGUGUUGUAGUCAUUUUUUAAAGCAGACAACAAUAAAUGUACAAUCCACAACUGACUAUCGUCUGUUCCUUGUACAGUGCAGAAAUAUGGUACUCAACUUGUAUGUAUAAAUCUUUAUUUCAUUUCAAAAGAACAAACAUUAAAAAGUAAUAUUUAGUAAGGCAGUUUUCACACCAGUUUAGUUUGUAGACUGUCCGCACUUUGCAUCAAAGAGACAGGUCCAUUUGUCCAGGUAAAUUUUGCAUUCACUAGUUCUUAAAUGAAUUUUAGACAGUGAUAGUCUACUUUUAAACAGGGAUAUCUCAUUACAAACAAUUGAAAACAUGAUUUAGAAGACAAACUGUUAUGGUCAAAUCAACAAUGACUUUACAGACUUGCAGUUAGU